AGUGUUAGUCGCCCCUGCCACCCUCUUGACAAGGUCCUAGAACUGCCACUGAGAACACUGCAGUAAGGAAUCAUGGAUCCAUGUCCCAUUCCAAUCAAUGUUUGCAAACUCCAAGAAAGCAAUGAAACAAAAAUUGAAGAAACAUUUAAAGAAAUCCACGAGAAGUUUAUUAAAGUACAGCAAGAAUCUAAAUCCUUAAGAGUAGAAGUGAAAAAAAUGGAACAUGAGGUAUCACGAUUGGAAAAAGAAGAGCACUGCUUAGAGUCAAAAAACAAAGUACUGGAAGAAGAAAUUGCACAAUUAAGAUCACAAACAGAAGAAGCUGUGAACGCAGAGGAGUUGUUAAAAUGGAAAAUGUACAAAAUUAAUUUGAUAAGAGAAUUUGAACAGAAAAAUAAUGAGCCUGCAUAUAAAAUAAUUCAGGAGCAGAAAGAACAUUCUGAAGAUGUUGUUAUUGAAACUGAGGAAAUCGAUCAAAUACCGGUACCAAUUGAAAAGGGAUACGUUAGUGAAAUGGAGGCAAAAAUUGCUCAGUUGAAAGACGAAAUAGAAAAAGAAAAACAGAAUAUUCAAAUGACCGAUCCCAAAUUGCUUACAAAUAUGAAAAUGUUGGAAAAGAGAAAUGCAGCUUUACUGAUACGAUACCAACGGCAGAUUGGAGAAGCUACUCGGAGAUACAGGCAAACGCUGGCAGAGGUGAAUAGUUUGAAGAGAAUCUUGGCGGUAAAAAGUUCUAUGCUUGCAGAUACAUGUGAUCCUUCCCCAAAGAAGUGAAACUCAAGUUUUUGUGUAAAAUGGAUCAAAUCUAAAAUUAUUCCGACAUAAUUAUUAACUCAAAAUAUUUUAAACAUUUUAUGUGCUUAGGUAAAUCUUGUUCAAAUUCUGUGAAUGCAUACAGAAGAAUUAUGUUGAUCAAGAAAGAAAAAAAUGUUCAGUUUUUGGCUGGUAUGAAGUAUUUUUUUAUUUAGUAGCCUUGAUAGAACUAAUGUAAUUUUUUUAUCCUUCUUAAUAAUAAAAUGUU